GCUGAGGCGACUCCCAGUUGCACCGAGCGGUGCGGGACGCUUGGCAUCGUGGCCCGCGGCUUCCAUACUCGGGGGGACGACUAGGGUCCCCUGCUUCCCAACUGCCAGUCUUGUGCCUCCGUGGCCUAGAGGGGAGGAGAGGCCGAAGAGAAAACAUGAGCAUGCUGUUGCUUCUACUGAGUUUUAUCGUGUUCACUUUCCUGCUUGUCGUCUGGAAGAGCCGCUUUCAGAGCAGCGUUGGUGAAAUGUCAUCCAGUUCGACCUCUCUUUCACUAGUAAGAGCAACCUCUUCUACUGAGUCAACUAACAGCAAUACUGAUAAGAAUCUUUCAGUCGACCGCAUCCCUCGUGGUAUCUUAAUUAAUUCCCCACACACGAUAGCCAUGCAGAAGCGAAUAUUGAUAAACCUCAGGAUCGUGGAAGACAAGCUGGCUGAAUUGGAACAUUUCCUAAUUAUCCAGGGUUUAAAUUGUAUAUUAGCUAACUGUAAAUCCACUGACAGGCUUAGAGAAUGUAAUGAGAGUGAAGGCAAUCAUUAA